CAUAGAAAAGCUGAGGUAGCUUUCAGCCUCAGCACCAGUGCUAUUAUGAUGGAUGUUUACAUCUCUUCAUUGAGAGCCAAUUAUCUUGCUUUUGUGUGAGGCCCAAGGAUCACUCAUGCUGCCGGUUUGGAUACAACAGUAUUGGAUCUAGCUGAACGAAUAGCUCUUCUGUAUGUAUGAAUGAAACAAGUCUUGUGAAAAAAAUAGUUAUUACCAGUGAAAGUCUUCACAAACUAUAUGCAUCUCUGCUUAGAACUACUAUAUUCAGACACCUUAAUAAAAUGAGAUGUUUUCGAAAACGUUCGGCAAUACCAGUCCUGGGAGUUUUAAUCAUAUGCCUGCUGUUUAUGAAUCUGUACAUUGAAGAUGAAUAUGUUCUGGAAGAAGAUAAGCAUCUUAGAGACACAUCUACUCAUCAGUUGGGUUCAGACCGAUAUAGUCAUUCAAUUAAGAACUUAUCUAAUUUGUCAUCUUCCAUAAAUGUAACAUAUCGUAUUUUAGCUGGGAUGCCAUUAUCCAGAAAAAGAUAUCUUACAAUUGGACUGUCUUCAGUUAAAAGGAAAAAGGGAAAUUAUUUACUUGAAACAAUUAAAUCCAUAUUUGAGCAGUCAAGCUAUGAAGAACUAAAAGAGAUCAUGGUAGUUGUUCACCUUGCAGAGUUUGAUUCCACUUGGUGUGAAAAUAUUGUUCAAGAUAUAUCUCGAAAAUUUUCCCAUCACAUUAUUGCUGGUAAACUGACUAUUAUCCACACCCCUGUGGAAUUUUACCCCAUGUUAGAGGGUUUAAAAAGAAAUUACAAUGAUCCUGAUGACCGUGUCAAAUUCAGAUCUAAACAAAAUGUGGACUAUGCAUUUCUUUUGAACUUUUGCGCUAAUCUUUCAGACUAUUAUGUGAUGCUUGAAGAUGAUGUAAGAUGUUCCAGAAACUUUUUGACAACAAUUAAGAAGGUUAUUACUUCACGAAAAGGAUCCAAUUGGGUUACUUUGGAAUUUUCCAAACUUGGAUACAUUGGAAAGCUAUAUCACUCUCAUGACUUACCACGGCUAGCCCAUUUUUUGCUCAUGUUUUACCAGGAAAUGCCUUGCGAUUGGUUAUUAAUCCAUUUUAGAGGCCUUCUGGCUCAAAAGGACGCAAUCCGUUUUAAGCCAUCUCUCUUCCAGCAUAUGGGAUACUACUCAUCAUACAAGGGGGCAGAAAAUAAACUGAAAGAUGACGAUUUUGAAGAAGAUGCAUUUGAAAUACCAGAUAAUCCAUCAGCAAACCUAAACACAAAUAUGAAUGUAUUUGAAAACUAUGAACCUAUUAAGGCAUAUAGUAGCACGGAAGAAUAUUUCUGGGCCAAAUCACCUUCAAGUGGUGACUUUUAUCAUAUUGUAUUUGAAAAACCUAUCAAAAUAAAUAAAAUAAAAGUCUGCACUGGAACAGAAGAUCGUCAAAAUGAUAUUUUGCAUCAUGGUACAUUAGAGGUUGGAGAAAGAUUAGUUGGAAAUAAAAAAGGAAAAAAAUGCACAACUUAUCUCAGAUUAGGAGACUUUAAAAAUGGGAACUUUGAAAUGGAAAACAUAGAUCGAAAAGUCCUAUUUAAUAUUGACUGUAUUCGGAUUCUUGUAACUAAAAAUCAAAUUGAAUGGCUAAUUAUUAAAAGUAUUAGCAUUUGGACUACUGAGCCAAUGAACCAGUAAAUCAAUAUUCCUUCCUUUUGGAAGAAUGAAAGAUAUUAUCAGUUGAAUGUCAACUGGUAUAUUUCCCUGAUGGACAAACCUUUUAAUAAAAGCUAAAAUGCCAAUGGCAGAUGGUGUGGGGACAAUUCUGUUUAUAUUUUACUAUUUCUGUCAUGCAAUAUUUAACAAUAUUUGUGUUUCUGAAUGUGCUAGUUUUUAUAUAAAACAAAAGCAAAAUUUGGUUCAAAUGUCUUGAAUAUGCUGUUUUAAAGGGAUGUAAACCCCAAAUAUUGAUUGAUGUGAACUUAUUUGAAGUGCUUCUCUGAGCACUUUUGCAUUUUAAGUUGAUUUCCUAAUUUCAGCACCUUCUAAAAUAUUAACAGUUUUAGAUUUCAAAUGCCAGGCUUUUAGUUCCAUAGCUCUCUCUAAGAAGACGCAGAAUCAGCAAUUGCAGGGUUUGCCACUAGCCCACUACAGAAAGUGUAUAGACUGUUAAGGGCUGAUUUAUUAAUUUUCUCAAUUGUGAAUUAUUUGUAUUUUUGGUCCAUUUUUUUUUCACUAUGAUUUCUAAAAUUUACAUUUCAUCAGUUUGAGUGUUUCAUCAAGUGUUGAUACUAUUAUUUUUUCUGAUGCAAAAAACAGAAUUCAUACAAUCAUGGCAAAACAUAAUCCCUAAAAUAAAUAAAUGAGCCCCAUAGGAUCACUGUCAAUCUGAUCUUCAAAGAGAUAUGUUGGUAAUGGAAGCUUAAAACAGCUAAUAUCUCAAAAACCACUAAAAACAGAAGUUUGUUGUAAAUUGAUAUAAACAUACUGAGGAUGACUCUGAGUAUGUAUACAGGUAUAUCAAUUAUAUCAAAUUUUAUUUAGCUUUAAGUCCCAACAGAAAAAUGUUUAAUGGUACAGAGACAUAUUUAGGGGCAUAAACUCGACAUGGUAUAAAUUCAAAUUUAAAUCCAUCAUUUUUGUAUUUAUAAAAUGUCACGAUAAUGCUUGAAUUGUUCAUACAAAAUUUAGAGUUUACAUUCGUAAAUGUAUUGUAAAUGUAAAAGACUUGUUAAAAUUCAAGUUUAAACAGAUGUUCAUUUCCAUGAACAGGAAUUUCCAAACAGGAAUUGCUCCAGCAGCCAUUUUAGGAGCAUUUGCACUCAUUCUUGGAAAACAAUAAUGUGUUUAAGUUUCACAUGAAACUGGAUGAAAUAGAAAACAAUGAGGAGAUUAACUUCACCUUGUAACUGGGUGAAACUGAAAAGUCUGAAGUGUUCUAUUCCUUUACUAUUCUAUAAGACUCAAUGGUACCCGAUAACACGAUAACAAAAAAAUCAAGUUCAAGUUCAACCCGUUCAUAAAUCUUAAAUUAUCUAGAAGUGAGAAAAAUAUCCAACUUUAUCUCAAAAUUGCGUAGUAAAUGUGCACCUUAGUGUAUGCCAUAUGUAUAGGCCACAAGACAUCUUCACUUUUUAAACUGUAUUAUUUUCUGAUAGUAUUCAUUAAUAUGUUUCAGGUUCAUUCUACCUCUUAUUACCUUUUAACACUUUACCCAUUACCCAUUUCUAUAUCCACUAAAAGUUAAAAUACAACACUGUGAAAAAAAACACUGUGGAUAAGGAGUUUUGUUUUUAACCUAAUCUACCUGUUAAUUUCAUGUAAAAUAUUGGAUUAAGAAUUUGUAAUUUUAAUGGAUAAUAGUGUGUAUAGAGUUGAAUUUUGCCAUUUUUGUUUUUAAAUAUUAUGAAUAUUGUCAUAAAAUGUGUUCUGAAUAUUGAAAACUGAAAUUGGUGCUAUGUGGUUAUUCACUGAAUCUGUUACCUUGAGGAAAUGUAUUGCUUUUCAAACCAUAUGUUGGGCAAUAAGAAUGCCUUCCCAAGGAUGCUUGCUGUAUCAUACGAAGCAGAAAUGCACAUCAAAGCGUACAAUGUGCCUGAAGAUUUUUCUGUUGUCUCCACAAUUAAAACAGCCUUCAGUGAAGUGUUAUAUAUAAAAUGCAUUCAGGAAAAUAGAUAAUUGAAGAUGCAAAAUUGAAUGUGCUUGCUAAGCACGAUAUGUAUGAGUUUCUUUGUUUGUACAAACCAAUAAGGGAAUGAGGGAUUAGGAAAAAAGACCAGUAAUAUCAAAAAUAAAAAGAAUGAAUUUGACAUUAUGUUUAUUUCUAUCCAGUACAUGUAAAAACAUUUUAUUUGAAGGCGAGGUCUCCCUUGUUUUAAAGUACUUGUUAUGAUGUCUAGCAUGUUCUAGACAUGUUGUAUAUACUAGUGAUGAUCGAAUCUGUUCCAUUUUGCUUAACCAGGAAAUUAAAAAAAAGCAACAUUUUUUUUUCUAUGCAAAAUGCAUCAAAUUCAUGCCAAAAGGAUUAAAGUCAGCAGGAGUUUUUUCUCGCUCCAAAUGCAUUGAAGUCAAGGGAGUUUUGUGCUCACCCCAAAUGCAAUGUCAAUGGACAUUUUUUUCUCAUGCCCAAUCCAAGCCUGUUGAAAAAAUUCACUCAUCUCUAGACUCUACACCCAUUGGGGUUAUUGUGGUAAAGUUUUGCUUUCUAACAUAAAAAAUAAAUAUAGCUGCAGGUAUUUUUUGUUAAUAAAACGCUUUCCAGCAAUGGUGCCAAAAUUCUAAUUUUAACCACAAUUCAAGUUUUUUAAGGCAAAAAAUCUGAAAUUUUUCCCAUAAACACUUCCAUUUGCAAAGAAUAUAGUUAAAUUUUUAAAAUAUCCUUUUAAUCUCUCAGUUACUUAACUGUUGGAACUAGUGGCUCGAUUUGGAAAGAAAACAACAGUUCUAAAUGUGAAGUUAAUUUUUCUAAAUUAUGACACAGAUUUAAAUGCUUAAAACUGUAACCCUCUUAUAUAAUAAAAGCUAUUUCUUUUGCCCAGGAGCAGUAACCCAUAGCAACCAAUAAGAUGUUU